GUCAACUGGGAAGAAAGUUAAAGGCUGGGAGGGAGAGGGAUAACUUUUCAAAUGCGAUCUAUUCUCCUAUUUGCUCCCCGGGCUGCAGCUGGUUAAUGGAUCUGUGAUCACUGCUGGCGAGUCUUGGCCGUGAUUGGGAAUAAAGGCAAUUUCUUGCGCUGCGGCCGAGGGAUCUACGGCCCCCGCUGCAUAAAAUCGGACUGCGUGCGAAUGAUGUGUUUUUUGUGAAAAAAGCAUAUUAUCUCCUGAAGCGUCGCCCCCGUCAUACGUGUUCCGGAAAUGCACAGGUCUGCCGAUCCCAAGAAAAGCAGACUGAAAAUGCAUGCGGCCCCCCGACUCAGGAGCGUGGAGGUAGCAAGAGGAAGGUCGGGGUAUGGAUUUACUGUAUCUGGACAGGCACCGUGCGUCAUCGGUACCGUCAUUAAGGAAAGUCCGGCCGAGUAUGUGGGUCUUAAACCCGGGGAUCAUAUAUGUGCCGUGAACGAAAUCAACGUUAAGAAGGCUUCCCAUGAAGAUGUGGUAAAGCUGAUCGGAAAAUGUUCUGGCGUUCUCCAUAUGGUCAUCGCUGAAGGGAUCCAUCGCGUCGACUCCUGUUCUAGUGACGAGGAGGUGGCUUUUUACGAAGGGAAAACCUGCUUAAAACCCAGGCCGGAUUCCAAGGCGCUGGGCAUCAACCGAGCCAAGAGGGUCGUUGAGGAAAUGCAGUCGGGUGGCAUAUUUAGCAUGAUCUUUGAGAACCCUAGCAAUUGUGCCGGCAAGCCCAGCAACCAUGCCCCGAAACAAAGGUCUAGGUCCAUGUCGGCUUCACAUUAUGAAAUGAGAAGGGAGAAAGCAAAGAACACGCACGUGCUUUCGAGAGACGAUGUAUCCAAGGUACUGAGUAAUGACUGUCUCUUCUCAAACGGACUGCAGAACCUAGAGGACUUUGAGCUGGAUGCGAGUAUCUUAAAUGUGGGCAUGGUCGUUGGCUACCUUGGUUCAAUUGAACUCCCUUCUACCAGUUCGAAUCUUGAAUACGACAGCUUACAGGCCAUCCGUGGCUGCAUGAGGAGACUUCGGGCCGAACAAAAGAUUCAUUCGUUGGUACUGAUGAAAAUCAUGCACGACAGUAUCCAGCUCUGUUCCGACAAAGCAGGUGUCGUGGCUGUGUACCCCGCAGAAAAGCUGGCAUUUAGCGCAGUGUGCCCUGAUGAUCGAAGGUUCUUUGGACUGGUAACAAUGCAAAGCAGCGAUGACCAAAGCUUGGCUCAAGAGGAAGAAGGGAUUUUGAGGACAUCGUGCCACGUUUUCAUGGUAGACCCCGAGUUGUUCCAUCACAAAAUACAUCAAGGUGUUGCCCGGAGAUUCCGGUUUGAAUGUACCCCGGAUCCAGACACCAAUGGUUGCUUAGAGUUUCCACCGUCCUCUUUGCCUGUUCUGCAGUUUAUCUCUGUUCUUUAUAGAGAUAUGGGGGAAUUAAUCGAAGGCAUGAGAGCAAGAGCCUUUCUGGAUAACGACGCAGACGCCCAUCAGAACAACAGUACGAGUAGCAACAGUGACAGCGGAAUAGGGAAUUUCAACCAGGAGGAAAAAACAAAUCGAGUCCUUGUUGUCGAUUUAGGAGCGGCUCCAACCAAACAUGUCCCUCAUGGAGUGUGGGAAAACGCGACACAGAGGGCGCCGAAUCAGUCAUUGCCGCACUGGAACGGUUAUUGUCACGAAGAAGAGGGCCAUUUCUCGUACCUCGGAAUACAGGCUGAUAAACAACAAAACUUUAAGAAACAUUUGGGUCCGUCUGCCCGUAUCGAGGUGCCGGUUAUUCCGAGAGGGCAAAUGCCUCCGUCGAAAAAGGCUAGUGCAAUGGAGGUAGGAGGCCAAAAGUGGCUGCCUGUUCAUGUCAUACGGGACUGGCAACAUGGAAAUGUUAGCGACCAGGAGUCGUAUGCCGAGUCUACCGACGGGUGGUCCAGUGUGAACUGCAGCACGCUUCCCCCGCCGAUGAGCAAAAUCCCAGCGGACAGGUACCGCGUGGAGGGGAACUUUGCCCAGCCCCCGCUUUCCGCUCACAAGGAUGACUGGUCUAAAAAAGUGUUCGAUGUUCCUAAUGUUUUUGGAGCGUCUCAAGCCUCAAAGAAGGUCAAGGAGGAUAGAAAGAGCUCAAAGUUUGCCCACAUGAUUGGACUGGACCGGGCUCCGCAGCGCUCGUCAGGUCGAAGAUCAUUUGGAAGGUCCAAAAGAUUUAGCAUCACCCGCUCUCUAGAUGAUCUGGAGGCUGCCACGGUCUCGGAUGGAGAGCUGAAUAGCACCGAGCUAAAGGGAUGCAUCAGCGAGAACAGUUUAAGCAGCAAUGCCAGCCUUCCGAGCGUGCAAAGCUGCCGCAGGCUGGGCGAGCGCCGGGUAGCCAGCUGGGCUGUGUCUUUUGAGCGGCUUCUUCAGGAUCCAGUCGGUGUCCGGUACUUUACCGAGUUUCUAAAGAAAGAAUUUAGUGAAGAAAAUAUUCUUUUCUGGCAAUCCUGUGAAUACUUCAGCCGUGUUCCAGCGCAUGACAAAAAUGAGAUUUCUUACAGAGCCAGAGAGAUAUUUAAUAAGUUUCUGAGCAGCAAGGCAACCACCCCAGUAAACAUUGAUAGCCAGGCCCAGCUGGCCGAUGACAUCCUCAACGCUCCGCACCCCGAUAUGUUUAAAGAGCAGCAGCUUCAGAUUUUCAAUCUGAUGAAGUUUGAUAGCUACACCCGGUUCCUGAAGUCCCAUCUGUAUCAGGCGUGUAUGCUGGCCGAGGUUGAGGGACGCUCCUUGCCUGAUCCUCAGGAGAUUCCCAGCAGCCCUGCCUCAAAGCACAGCAUCAGCUCGGAACGGUCCAACAUCUCCACGCCGAAAAAGCAGCAGCUAAGUAAGAAAAACAAGUCCGGAAGAUCCCUCAACGAAGAAUCCGGGGGAGAGGAAGAUGCGGAUAGGAAGAAGAAAGGGACGUUUUUCUCCUGGUCUAGAAGUAAAAGCAUGGGAAAAUCACAGAAGAAAAGGGAAAACGGGGAUUUUUCCAAUGAUAGCGCCGUUAUGAACGGAGGGUCUGGACGGAGGCGCGAAUCUCUGGGCUCCGUGUCCUCUUCGGCAAGCCUUGAACUGAUUAACGGCGGCAUUAAUGACAACGUACUCGAGUUCGAGUCGUCGCGAGUGUCUUCCUCUGCUCCAGACAAAGAGAAGUCUUCCAAGCACUGUUACAUCAGUCUGCCCGACGGAUCCUCCUGUGCCGUGGUGGUUAAAUCCGGCUUCUCAAUUAAGGAGAUCCUCGCCGGGCUUUGUGAGAAACAUGGGUUCAACAUUGCAGCGGUGGAUCUUUUCUUAGUCGGUGGAAGUAAGCCUCUCGUACUCGGCCAAGACAGCAGCAUUUUAGAGUCCCGGGAUCUAAGAAUAGAAAAGCGUACUUUAUUUCGGUUGGAUCUUGUACCAAUUAACAGGUCUGUGGGGUUGAAGGCCAAGCCGACUAAACCGGUGACGGAGGUUCUGCGGCCGGUCGUGUCAAAGUAUGGACUGAACCUUAACGACCUGGUAGCAAGACUUAGUGGAGAGCAGGAGCCUUUAGAUUUGGGGCUUCCCAUUUCCAAUCUGGACGGACAACGGGUUGUAUUAGAAGAAAAAGAUAACCUUAAAGGAAAAGAUAAACAGAAGGCGUCGGGUUCAAAAUCAACCCCCGCGGUGAUCUACAACUCCAGAAAUAAUGGGGGAGAAGACAGACCUUUGGUAAAAUCUUCCUCCAUUAGACUGAAGGGAGAAAACGGAAAAGUAACGAGGGAUCCUCGACUAUCAAAGAAAGACGAAGCCCUUAUACGGACGGGAAGGAAGAAGCAGCAGAAAAUUAAUUUGGAUGAAGCUGAAGCUUUUUUUGAGCUGAUAUCAAAAGCUCAAAGUAACAGAGCAGAAGAUCAACGCGGUCUUCUACGGAAAGAAGAUCUAGUUCUUCCAGACUUCCUGCGCUUGAGCCCGGCUGAUCAGGUCUCUUCCACUCCAACAGCUGUAAACGGCAACAGAAGAGCUGAGCAGAACGACGGAUUUGAUAAAAUGACUCCUUCCUCACGAGCAUUGCAGGCCGGAAAACAAGAGUCCUCGAAGAAUGGUGGUGAUAAACCAGUCAGACCCAAUUCACUGGAUAAGAGAGACAAAUCAGACUUUCUGCCGCCUGGUUCUAGGAAACCUUACGUUCCUUUCAAUGCUCCGCUGUCUCCAAUUCUGCAUAUACAAGAGCGGAAUAUCCCCGCCCGGGAGAGACCGUCAAGAGAUUCUGAAAACAUUCAAACUGUAGAGGACGAUAACGUAGCAGACCUCACUUUAGUAGCCGAAGGAGACAUUAGCAGUCCUAACAGCACUUUACUGCCGUAUCCACCAACCCCGCCAUCUGACCUGAGUAAACUCUCGCAGGCCAACUUUUCUCCCCCACCUCCAGUCACUGGUCAAGAUUAUUCUGGAUAUCAGAGAUCAGGUAGUAGCGGAAAAAAGAAGUCACUGUCACGCAGCUCAGAAAGCUUUUGGGACCAAGCAGCAGAUAGAUCAAUGGACGAUAAAACCCUUAGACCUGCCGACAGGAGUAAUCGGUCAGGUAAUCCCCUCCCAUCUAGCAAAAUUAUUGACGUUGAUGAAGUUAAGGAAGGAGCCAGGAGGCGAUACUCCAAAGAGGACGCAGAAGGGAACCUGAGUUUUGAGGGGUACAUGUCCGAGCUGAGAUCCUGUAAAGGUAGGAUGCGCACAGGUGUUUAUAGGACAUCCGAUCUUCCGUCAAUGGUAACGACCAUGAACGAACAACACAAAGAGCCGGACACUGCGUACAAAGCUACAUUUGUGUAACACAAUCACAGCUUCCAAAAGAGUGGCUGUCAUCAACUCCUUGGAUGUGUCUGAAACCGCAGGAUGGUAAACAAGAAGAAAUCGGCCAAUUUCAAACAGCUUAGUCCAAUGACGGUCAAUGUUUUCU